CUCUCCUCCGAUCGAUCGAUCAACCUAACCCCCCGGGCCAGGCCAGGCCAGGUCACAAUGGCGGCGGCGGGCGGCGGCGGCGGGGGGCUGUUCCCGGAGGAGUCGUUCCGGAGCUGGUCGGCGUACGGGCGCGCGCUGCUGGAGACGGGGCCCCGGCUGCGGGACCGCGCCACGGCGCGGUCGCUGGACUCGGCGGAGGUGAACGAGGUGCGCGGCCGGAGCGGCGCCGACAUGAAGCGCACGCUCACGUGGUGGGACCUCAUCUGGUUCGGCAUCGGCGCCGUCAUCGGAGCGGGGAUCUUCGUGCUCACCGGGCAGGAGGCCAAGGAGGCCGCCGGCCCCGCCGUCGUCGUCUCCUACGCCGUCUCCGGCGUCUCCGCCAUGCUCUCCGUCUUCUGCUACACCGAGUUCGCCGUCGAGAUCCCCGUCGCAGGCGGGUCGUUCGCGUACCUCCGCGUGGAGCUGGGCGACUUCAUGGCGUUCAUCGCGGCGGGCAACAUCCUCCUCGAGUACUGCAUCGGCGGCGCGGCGGUGGCGCGGUCGUGGACGUCCUACUUCGCGACGCUGCUGGACCACCACCCCAACGACUUCCGCGUCCACGCGCCCGCCCUCUCGGAGGACUACUCGCGCCUCGACCCCAUCGCCGUCGCCGUGGUCCUGCUCAUCUGCCUCUUCGCCGUGCUGAGCACCAAGGGCUCCUCCCGCUUCAACUACGUGCUCUCCAUCGUGCACCUCGCCGUCAUCGCCUUCAUCGUCGUGGCGGGGCUGACGCGCGCCAAGGCCGCCAACCUCACCGCCCACUUCGCGCCCUUCGGCGCGCGUGGCAUCUUCGCGGCCUCCGCCGUGCUCUUCUUCGCCUACAUCGGCUUCGACGCCGUCAGCACCAUGGCGGAGGAGACGCGGAACCCCGCCCGGGACAUCCCCAUCGGGCUCGUCGGCGCCAUGACGCUCACCACCGCCGUCUACUGCGUGCUCGCCCUCGUGCUCUGCCUGAUGCAGCCCUACUCGGAGAUCGACCCCGACGCGCCCUUCAGCGUCGCCUUCACCGCCGCCGGCAUGGACUGGGCCAAGUACAUCGUCGCCUUCGGCGCGCUCAAGGGCAUGACCACCGUGCUCCUCGUCAGCGCCGUCGGCCAGGCCAGGUACCUGACCCACAUCGCGCGGACGCACAUGGUGCCGCCGGGCCUCGCGCAGGUGCACCCCAGGCUCGGCACCCCCGUCAACGCCACCGUCGCCAUGGCGGUCGCCACCGCCGUCAUCGCCCUCUUCACCGACCUCGGCAUCCUCUCCAACCUGCUCUCCAUCUCCACGCUCUUCAUCUUCAUGCUCGUCGCCGUGGCCCUCCUGGUCCGCCGCUACUACGGGGCCGGCGAGACGUCCGCCGCCGACCGGAACAAGUUCGCGGCGUGCCUGGCCGUCAUCAUGGCGUCGUCGGUGGCCACCUCGGCGUACUGGGGCAUGACGAGCGCGGGCGGCGGCGGGUGGGUCCCGUACGCGGCGACGGUCGCCGCGUGGCUCGCCGCGACGCUGUUCCUGCAGUGCGGCGUGCCCAAGGCGCGCGCGCCCAAGACGUGGGGGGUGCCGCUGGUGCCGUGGCUGCCGGCGGCGUCCAUCUUCAUCAACAUCUUCCUGCUCGGGUCCAUCGACGCCGCGUCGUUCGUGCGGUUCGGGGUCUGGACGGCGGCGCUGCUCGCCUACUACUUCCUCUUCGGGCUGCACGCGUCCUACGACACGGCCAAGGCGCUCGCCGCCGAGGCCGACGCCGCCCGGGUGGAGGAAGGCGCGCGCAAGGCCGGCGCCGCCGCCGCCGGCACCUGUCGUUAGCUACUGUACGAGUGAGCUGAAUGGGGGCGUGGUGGCAUUGGAUGAAUUUGUCUCUCAUUUUUUUGGUUACGUUAUUAUGAGUAAUCGUGCCGUGUACAAAAGAAAU